UUCCCAUCCACUCUUCAUACCAAACCUUUUUUCUAUAGAUGGAGGACCACCACGUCAACCAAUCCCCCCCUACCACCACCAUCUCCUCCUCCACCUCCACCAUCAUCCACCGGAUCAUCACCGUCCUUUUCAUUGCUAUUAUGUCCAUCUGGGCCAACCACGAAGCAUCAAAAGGCUUUGAAAUCACCAUCACCAACGACGCUACCGAUCUUCCAGCAGGCCGCCGGUUCGGUCUCUUAUUCGUCUCCGACGACAAAGCUACCCGAAUUAUCAUUAACGCCAGCCAUUUCGUCGAAAAUAUUCUAUACCCUGAUGAUCACCACCCCAGAAAGCCGAUCGAUCGUGUGACUCUCCGAUUCUCUGGCCAGAACUUGACCGAGGAGGGAGCAAUCGUGGCCGUCGAUCGCCGCAGUCCACGUGAAUUCGUUGUUCAAAUUAGCUCACAUAUCAUGGACAUGGCCCACGUCGAGUGGGCCAUGGCAGCAGCGGUGCAACAAGGUAUCACACGUGUAUGGCUCUGGGACGGGAACGGUAGCGCACCGGUGUCUCUUUUGGAUGGCAUGAUCGAGUACAUUAGUAUUGUGGCGGGGUUCUCCCCGUCGCCGUCCGAUUAUGGAGGUGCCGUACUGCCGGAAUCUGACGGUGGGUGUUGGGCAGGCAUGGACCGGGUAGGUGUGGCACGUUUCUUGCAGUACGGUGAGGCUCUUAGACAUGGGUUUGUCGCACGCUUAAACCGUGCCAUGCAGGGACCUUGGCACGUGCGCAUGGUGGAUGAUGCAUUGGGUUGGCCGGCUCAGAUGCUUUGUGCGUCUUACCACGCUUCGUCGGCACUUCAUCUCUCCAACGCAUCAGAUUCCGCGUCAGCAUCUGCGUCGGGCCAGGUCAUGUGAUUUUGAGUUGGCAAGUGGGCCCCACACGAGGAGACAUCACCAUCUAUCGCUCUCAGGUGUGGCGCACCACACAAGAACACUCCAACUGGUGGUGCCUAAUGUUCAUCUGUUCUUGUAUUUUUAUUUUUUUUUGUGAUUUUUUCUUCUAGUACUUCAUAUAUUAUUGAAGAUGCCAUUCAUAGCAAAUAGGUGAUCUUUCCUGCCAUUGGUCAUGUGGGGUCCACUCUG